AAGAUUUCAAAUAUAUAAUACAUUCCAUCUCGAUCUCCUCAUCAUUUCAAAUUGUAACAAUGUCCAUGACGAUUACGAUCCGAGCCGGGUGGCGCGAGAGGUCGCGCGUUCUUGUAUUGGAAACUACAAAAAUACAACUACCACGAGACGAGCUUCUUGCCUAAAAAAAGCGACGAAGUAGAGGAGCAUCAUAGUAGAAAGAAGAGCCUCUCGUUGAUCACAAUCACGAUGGGGAAGAAGAAUAAGAGCAAGGGGGACGAUGAUUCUGUUAAGGCUGUGAUGUAGCUAAUCCGUCCUUGCCUGCAUCCUUGAAGCGUAGGGGGUAGUUGGUAGUUGACAACUGUAUCCACCUAAGGGUAGAGCUGUUGUAUCCACCUCAGGGGAGAAUAUGAAUACUCUGACCACCCCCGCAUAGGAGAGAAUACUCGGAAGGCGGAUGCAGCUGAGAGAAGGUGGAUGCAGCUCUAAUUCUGUCGGCAACGUCGUCAGCUGCGGCAUCAUCGUCGCUGGAAUCAUAUGCGUUUUUUCGCUCAUCUACGUCUCAAGGGGACUGGAUGUUAUGUAUGAGAGUCUUUGUCUUUGCGAUUGUACACAGUCUGUCGUUGAGAUAGUACGAUGGUAAACACACAUAACUUUUAGUUGCAAUUUUACGCCCCGACGCUCAGAUGGUGGUACACACAGACGCACAUCUUUCGUUUUUGCUCUCGCAUCAUCUCGGUUCAAAAAUGACUACUCUUUCAUCCACAUCCUGUAGCACUUGCACUUCUUACUUGAGGCAGGUUCAUUCCCCAAUCAUGAUUGUGCUAUGACCUAGUUAUCGAUUCUAAUCCAAGCUACUCCGGAUUGUUCAAAUUCCCAUUGGACAAGAUAGGGGAUCAUUCGAUCAUCGGCUAUGUGGCCGACCGGCCUUUCUCGAUGAUUUUUGUAUGGCUUCAAAGUCUUUCUUCAUCUAGGCGACAUUUUUAUAUAUAAGUAUAUUUUGUUCUUGUUGGUUCUAGUAUAAAUGUUGUAGUUGUCAUAAUUUUUGGACUAGAGUCUUUUGGAACAAUGAGUCACUUUUUCCAGCUGGGACUUGAGUCGUAGCGAGCGUAAAAACCUCGGAGGGACGAAUCGUACUAGUAAACAGCCCCUUCUGAUCAUCACUACGCUUUAAUGUUAAUACUUGAAGAUGGGUAUUACUAAAGCGUGAUGAUUAUCACUAUCUUUAGCAACACCGGACGAUAACACUGGGGUCACCCUUUCGGCGAUCUUGGCAUACAUCGCGAAGCGAGUAUCAAUAAGUUUAGCUUUCCACUUUUCCUUUCUUCUUCUCACCGCCAGCUUUUUCCAUCCCUCUCCACGGCCAUUAGUCACAGGAUUUUUAUGUUCGUGUUUAACAUUGCGGUAUUAUUUUCUGAUCAUCACUACGCUUUAGUCAUACUCGAAGAUUUUCUAAUCUGCACAAAAAAAGACAUUUUAUUUGAGAGAGAAAUCGAAUCCUGGACUUCGAUGAUGAACACGCUGUGCACGAACUCGAACGAAUGGGUCAUUGCUGCUAAUAGCUUGUCUUUAUGGAAGACGAAUGCGAGGUCGAGGACUCUGACUCGCUCUGUGUCUGCGCUAUUUUUUCGCAAGUAUAAGUAGGUCCAGCGGCGCUCAAAGCACAUAAGUUGUAAAACAACCGGUUAGAAGCUUUCCCUCUGCUCGUAGACUUAUCCCUUCAAGCAGUAUAAGUAGAUCGAGACAGUAAGUAGGUAGAAGCGGCUUGUUUGAGGAGCCCGGACAUGAAAAAUCCGUCCACGCAUUGGCUGAUGAAUCGUAUGUACCUCUGCAUCUUCUAACCUGUGGCACCCUUGCUACCUUGGCAGGCAGUGCAAUAUGCAAAGCGACCGCCGAGGACUACGAAAAUAUGUUAUGAGCACCUUCAUGGAUCUGUUGCUACACCUUCGUUCCUAGCCUCACGACACCUUCACUCAUGACGCUGAGACUUCUCAUUUUCUCUUGUGAUCUCCUCUCUCUUGCAUAUACCAACACCCCGCCUCAGAAGUGCAACUGCAAGUACUACUCUCAAACUUCUCACCAAGAACUUCUCUCUCUCAUUAGCCUCAAACUUCCUUCUAGCUUCUCUCUCUACUACCCUUAGAAUUCUCACAGCUUCGCUCCCCCUCUCAUUUUUACCCAAUUCUCGUUCUCAGCUUCGCGGCUCUCUCCCAUUACUUAGAAUUUCUUAUCUUUUGAGACCAUGCAUUAGAUUUAGAAUCUCCCUUUCUUCAUACUUCGGCGUCUCAGACAUCGCGCUAGCGUUUGGUUGUACGAGCGUGUAUACAUGCAAAUACGUGGAAGAUUGUCGGGCCCAUGCGACCGCUAGAUGCCAAAAAUACAGGACGUUGGUGUAUGGUGGCGUCUACACCGGAAUGGCUCUCGUUGCAAUAGCAAUGAAUAUGGUAUGGCGUGAGCGUGACUGUGAGUUCUAUGCCCAAGUCUGCUAGGUGUCGUGACAACAUCUUCAAGGUUUCACCCCGAAGAACGCCAGAAAUAAGACAUCAAGAACGCAAUCUCCUUUCACAUCCAACUGUCAUCGCCAUGAAGAACACCUUGUUCACCAUGAAGAAUGAAUUAUUUAUUUUUAUUUUUAUUAGGACAGCACGCUGAUCUUCAUCUUCUCGAUUCCUACAACUAGUACUAGUACUACUAGACAACAACUAGUACUAGUACUAUCUACUAGACAACAAGUAGUACUAGUACUACUAGACAAGAAGCAGUACACUAGUGAGUACUAGUUGUACCUACCACUACCUACCACUAGAGUACUCAUAGAGCGUCUUCUACUUCUAACAAGUGCCCUAGUAACUGCUCUGUUCAUCCAGUGUGAACCGACGCCCAAGAAGAAGCUGAAGAAACGGAAGGAAGCAAGGAUGAAAACAAUGAUAUCUGGAUGCACAACUUGCUGCCUCUUUAUCUUUUAUGAUUCUAGGCUCAUCAGGCUGUUUUUGAUUUGCUGUAAGUAGAAUUAGAAUCACUGGAAUUGCUUAGUUGCUUACAGAGUUUGAGUUAGUGUCCUUGACGCUAAAAUAAAUGCUGUCUUCUUUCGUUCUACUCGAGUCGUGGUUUUUCUUCUAUACCUUUAGACUGGGUACACUACUCCUACUACUAGCCCCAAGAUGAAGAGGCAACUGAGGGAAUGCGAGAGCAUCUUGGGGCUAGUAGUAGGAGUCUUGAUCUUGGAAUUACUUCGUAUAUACGAGUUGCAUCUUCUUGAAUACGACUACUAAAUCUCAUACUUCUAAUCUUUCUGUUCCUUUGUGUAUACCUCUAGACUUGGUACACUACUCCUACUAUUUUCUUCAAGAUGCUCUCUUCCUCCAAGACAAUGAAUUCAGGUUGUAAGGACCUCUUCUAAAUGUGCGUGUAUCUGUUAUUUCUCGGCAUCUGUUCCAUGUCCUUCAGCUUUGACGGCAGCGCUAGAUUUCCAGAGUGGGAAAUGUACCUUUUCUAUUUUAUCGUACUACGUGCCGGCUUGACAUCUUAGGGCAAGAAUCUUGAUCAUUUUCUUUAUCUUUAUCUUUCUUUUCCACAUAAAACGACCGCAGUUCCACUGAUCGGAUAACACCUUUCUCAAAUCCCAAUUACAGGAACAUCAUGAGUUACGUGUUUCUUGUCGGGUGGUUACUCACCUUAAGGCUACCGCUGAAGCAUCCUCAGCAGCAUCCUUCCUUGCCUCUUUUUCUACUUGAAAAAGAAGCACCCUCCAAGGAUACUAUUACUCUCAAGGAAUCAGAUGCGAACGCGAUAGCUCUAAUCACCGCUGCAGUAGCGCUCUUAUUGCUGUGUCGUUUCGUAUGUUUGCGAGACAAGAAGAAGGAACCAGAAGCCGAAGGUGAAUACUAUGACGAGUGGGAGGAGGGUUACGACUACUACGAUGAGGCGGAGGGGUAUUAGAGUGGUGACAGUAGUGCUACUACGAGGUAGAGAAAACGACGACUACGAGGAGGCGGAGGGGUAUUAUAGUGGUGACAGUAGUGCUACUACGAGGUAGAGAAAACGACGACUACGAGGAGGCGGAGGGGUAUUAGAGUGGUGACAGUAGUGCUACUACGAGGUAGAGAGCGGAAGCAGAUAUAGUCCUAGUGCUACUACGAAGCAGGUGACAUCAGGAAUACUCCGCGGAUGGCAGUAGCACAAACAAAUCUUAGGUCUUCCUCUUCAGUGGUACGGUAGAAAUAGGAGCACGACCUUGUCGGAGAAAGAGCGUUGCAAGAGGGGAGAGCAAAAAGAGUCACGUCGUCGUGUUUGUAUGAGAAAGGCGCGGAGUAACAAACGAGAAGGAGAACGUCGACAGAUUGUACAGGAAGCACUGACAGAAACGGACGACUCGUAUUAAGCCAAAGAAAAAGACAUCAGUCAUUAUGCUUCAGACUUGAGAAUUCCAAGAAAAAACCUAUCCGAUGCAAAUUAUACUACAUCCGAGUAAACAUAAAUUCCAAUAACUGAACCAUUCAGGAGUUCUAAAUACUUACUUAUUCGACUUAAUACACUCAAUUUUGCUUUUAAAGGGGGACGAUUACUUGGCCAAUAUCUAUGCCUUCGAUACUGUUGCAUGACAGGAUCACGAACAGUGGUACGCGACAGGAAUCGCUGUGUUUUUUUGACAUGAGUACAAGCAAGUCGAAAUUAAUAGUAAAACAGGCUCCAGAAAUUGAAAUUAAAUCAAUCGAAGAAUAUCAGAAGUCGCUGGUUCUUAUCAUCACGUUUGUGUUUCGUAGUUUAUUUCAACAUUAGUCAUCGUCACUGGAAUUGGUCUAUCUUUCUUAUCAGACAAGCACUGUAUUUCUUGAAUCAAUAUCAAGAUUCGCGUCAUGCUUGAAUGAGCAUUAGUAAAAAGGCACAGGAGGUUGUUGCAUAGAGAAGAAUUUCAAUUUUGUUUAUUUUUGUGCGACAAAAACUGCAGACGUGCAAAAAUCAGAAGAUGGCUGUGCAAAAAUCUG